CUCGCGUGUUUCCGUUUGAACGUGAAACGUUAAAAAUCAUUGUUAAAUCGCUCGACCGGGUGGUUUCUCAAAUAGAUGGAUUGUCUUACGUCGUUCUGGGAUAUUCGUACGUAGACCGAUCCUGGUUCGAUUCGCCAUACAAUGCUCCUUUAAAUCAAGAAAUAAACAUAUGAACGUACAUAGGAUAGUAAACCGAUUUCUAUUGAUCGCUUUGGAAAGAAUAAUGAAACGUAAUGGAAAAAAGAAUUUAACCAAAGCCGUAACAGCUACUUUACCAAAAAAGAAUCAUUGGUCGUUAGGCUUACUCGAUUCUAUGAAAGAUCCAACUCUUAAAGUCGACGAGGACGAUAGCGUAGUCGUUAUCAAAGAUAAAUAUCCAAAAGCAAGAUUUCAUUAUCUGAUUUUGCCGAAAGAAAAUAUUUCUACAGUUUGGAAGAUUCAAAAGAAUCAUGAGAAUCUUCUAUGGCAUAUGGACGAUGUCGCGGAAGAACUAAUUAAAAAACAUUCGGGGCACAAGUUCCUUAUCGGGUAUCAUGCUGUGCCGAGUAUGCAAAGAAUGCAUUUACAUGUGAUUAGUACAGAUUUUAACAGUCCGUGUUUAAAAACGAAAUAUCACUGGAACAGUUUCACAACGCCAUUCUUUAUCUCUUCCAAAGAAUUAUGUAAACAACUCAAAGAAAACGGAGAACUCAAAAAGAUAAGUUCUACGACGGCACAAAAGUAUUUAAAUAGUGAAUUAAAAUGCCACGAGUGUUCGGUAAAGCCAAAAAAUAUGGGCGACUUGAAAAGACAUCUACUCUCGUCGCAUUUGUCAGAAAAGCAGGAAUGAACGUUCUUUUUAUCUGACACUGUAGACCAUUAUCUUCUCGACCAAAAAUUUGAAGUCGAUGGCAUUUCCUGUAUCAUCCAGCCAUGAUUUUCAAUUGAUGUCGACUGUAUUUGGUGCGAUCCAGUAGCAGCUAGUGUUUCAAGGAAUCGUUUAAAACAUGACGUGUAAUAAUUAUCGAUUACCAGCUUUGAACGUAAGAAUAAAGCGUAAGGAAUAAAAUUAUAUCGCCCGCGAGCGACACAUCGUAUUCGUAUAAUAUUCGUUAUAGAUCAUUAUGAAACAAUUUUGGAUCGAGGUAAAGAAAACUUUUGAAAAUAUGUUUCAACAAUUCUCCGCUCCUUAUAUAUCACUUUUUUCCAGUUUAAUUCACUCUACGGAUAUCUUUGGAAAGUUAUUUAAUACGAAACACAACAUUUCCGCAGGAAUAAAACGAAACAAACAUCAGUGUAUCAAUUGCCGUCAAGUUCGUUCGUAAUAAAAUGAAUAAAUAUAGUUGCCAUAUGUGUAUCAGGAUUAGGAUCGACAUUUUUUGAUGGUUUUUCGUAAAGAAAGCAGUCAGGUUAUAUGUUUCGGAAAAUUUACUAUAAAUAAAUUUGAUGUUAAUAGGUUUCGUCGCCUAUAAUAUCAAUUACGUGCUAACUA